AUGGACUUCAUCCUGCACGGGCGUGGCACCCCCAGACACAACAGGGGAGGGGGUGCAGGGAGAGGACAGGACAGGCAACAGCCGGAUCCUGCGAGAGCUCCCUCCAGACGAGACACAGCCAGCAGACCUGCAGAAGUUCCAGCUCUGGACUUGGGCAAACUGGUGGACAAUGACAACACGCUGACAAGGCCCCCUGACCCAUAUGCCCAGUACCCUACACUACACAGUCCUGGGACUGCUUCUACUGUCAGUUGGGGAACCCCCAUCAACUCACCAUUUGCUCUGCACUAUCCCACUGGGAGAGCCAAGAUGGGAGCCCAUGGCAAACCUGCUUCAGGGCGUGUCAAGGAAGAACCCAAGCAAAAGACAGCUUGGGACGACCCCCCAGUCCCAGACAACCUGCCCUCCCCCGGAGAGAAGUACAAGGCCCAGUACCGGCAGUACCAGCAGGAGAGGCAACAACAGGUGCAGGGGAACGUACCACUCCACGGCGGGGGUGACGCCCAGGCAGGGCCCAUACACUCUCCCAAGGCACCCGCAAAUGGAGACACACAACUGGACCUGCAGGAUCAGGAAUCCAGCGAGGCGACCCUUGAUCAGGUGGAGGCCAUGCAGCUGACCUUCACACGGCAGCCGUACAGCCACAGGCAUCAGCAGAGGAAAAUGGAUGCUCUAACCUUCACACGGCAGCCAUACAGUCACAGGCACCAGCAGAGGAAAAUGGACGCUGACGACCUUCGAGAAGACAGAAGGAAGCAGAUGAUAGUAGAGCAGGUGAUGGUGGACAUGUUGUCCAGAGCAGUGAUCAGUGAUCCUGAGCAGGACAGAAGAGAGGCCACCCCCGACCACCCCCCUCCCUCACCCUUCGGCUUCGGGCCAGGAAACUACACGAGUAACAGGCAGCACAGAAGGGACCUGCACAAUACUAAGGUGAAGACAACAACAUCACAAACCGAGGAGCUUCUAUCAAGGAGACUGAGAUUUGGGGCUAGGUUUCUCACCAGGAAUGGCAGAGACGCCCUCCGUGAGCUGCACGGGUUCUACUUUGCAGUGGACCACUCUAUCACUGUCUAUGAGUUCAAACAGUUCGGCAAGAGGGCCCAGGCACUGCCUAUAAUCCAGAGGGGAGUUUACUAUCAUCACAUCGGUCGGCGGAAGGGCAGGAAAAUCACCAUCAAAGAUCUGGCAAUUGGCCAGAACCUGAGUUUUGACACCAAGCUCCAGCCGUCCUUACCCGACUCCAUCCGCCAGAAACCUUCUGUCAUCCUCAGGGUCAUCGACCUCGACCACAAUGCCAAGGACAACCUCAUGGAAGACAUGCACCUGUCUGCCCAGGCCGACCACGCCUUCACCAACCAGGAGAUUCAGGACCUCAAGGUCUUCAGAGAAGUGCAAGGAGCGCUCCAGCAGCAGUUAAGAAAGCGAGGGGUGCGGACAGUGACCGGCCUUGGGCAUCACUUCCGAGCGCUUCAGCAGCGGUUAAGAAAGCGAGGUGUUCGGACAGUGACCGGUCUCGGGCACCACUUCCGCAAGAUCGACAAGUCGGGAGACGGGGUGCUGAGCAAGCCGGAGCUCAGAGAGGCUCUCAGGCAGAACAAGAUGGACGUCUCACCUCAACAAUUUGAGAGUGUGUGGCGAAUCCUAGACCAGAAUGAGGACGGAGUGUUGGAUUAUGGAGAGUUCAUGAGAACUUUCAUCGGGGAGAUGAGCGAGUACAGGAAAGCUCUCGUCAGGAAGGCCUACGACAAGCUGGACCCCAACAGAACAGGCAGCAUCAACCUGAGCGACAUGCGGAAGUUUUACAGCGCUCGUAAACAUCCUAAAGUCUUGUCAGGAGAGGCUAAAGAGGAGGACAUGUUGAACAGUUUCUUGGACAGCUUCUCGCACUGUCAGGACCCCAGAACUGUGCAGUAUGUGGAGUUUGAGGAAUACUACGAGGGCAUGAGUAUCGACGUUGCUAGGGACGACGACUUUGCCAACAUCUUGAAGAACAGCUGGGGGAUUUAACCCUUACAUUCCUAAGAGUGUUCUCAAAUCUUCACUGACAUGCUGAAGACUACAUUGUUGCUAUUGGAUUUAACCCUGCUGCUUCAAAGGGUUUUCUCAAAUCUUCUCCAAUGUCCUGAGUCCCUAUAUAUUGUAAAAAAGUUAUGAACUUAAAAUUUCGCCUGCAUCCAAAUCCACACCAAUAUAUCCUGUAGUUGGAAAACAGCUGCGGGAAUUUAACCCCUGCUUUCCUGAGGGUGCAUCGAAAUUACCACCGACAUGCUGAAAAAUAUUGUUGGGCUAUUUAAUUACCAGUCGUCUGCAGAUAGUACUAGGGUCUACCUGUAGUAAAUAUUCACCAAUAUCCUGAAUUAGAAAAAUAGAUAUAAUUUCAUGGUGACAUUGACCCUCUACAUUCUAAACAGGCAUACCAUAACAGACAUACUGCUAAGGGCACAUCCAUACAUGUACCUUCAUCAAUAAAUUUAGGAAUGUAAGUUGUAACAUUUAAUCUGCAGCUCUGCAAACAUUUGACAAUAAACCGGGUAGUCUCGGAGCGAUUUUGAUUUAACCAAGGGAAAAUCAAAAGAAGAAAUCAAUGUUAUAAAAAAUAGGAGUCUCAAUGAACGCAGGUAUAUGUUGGUACUAUGAAUAGAUAGAUGUAAAGUAACAUUGCUGCAAAUUCAAACAUGUACUUAUGUUUAUUCUUUAAAUAAAUCUUUGGGGUGUAUUUUGAAUGUGUGUUACUUGUAUAAUGUUAACUAAGUUCCUGUAAGUAUAUAUCAUUUCUUUAUAUUACAUUUGCAUGGGUGUUCUUUUAUCAAAAAUGAUUUAUGAAUUGUAAUGAUCUUUUUUUUAAUGGGAGGGCAUUUAUUACCCAUUGU